UGAGAGCCUCGCAACCUUUUCUUCGUUUUUCUUACAAAAAUUAGCAGGCCUUUAUUCACACAAAUCAGCUUUCUUGUAAAAUUCGUAGAAAAUUCAAUUCUUAUCGGAUUUCGAUGAUUCUUGAUGUUUCGGAAAGCUCUUUCAAUUUCCUACAACUUCCGUUCACGAUGUUUUCUUAGAUUCGUUUUCGAACUGUUCUCAAAAUCCCAAAACAUAUUCAGGUCCUGUUUUCGCUCUGAAUCUGAUCAGCAGACGUUUUAUUUAAUUCCCGAUUCGUAAUGAGUCCGUUUUUGACGAUCCAUACCUUUUCGGAAAGGUCUUUUCGUCCUCUACAUCUUUUGUGUUUUGAGUUUUUCUAGAAAAUAUCGUUUAGGGGGUCAAAACAGUAUAUUAGUGAUCUGGGCAGAUUGGAUUCAUGGAGGCUUUUGGAGUUUUAGAGGAGAUGAUUGUGGUUGGUUGCUAAGGAUUGAUUAUAUGAUCUAAGAUGAUGUUAAUUAUUGGUUUUCGGUGUUGUGGUCUGAUUUAAGAGCAAGUUGAUGUGCAUUGGAUUUGGAGUUCGGUGAUGUUAGAUUUGGAUUGACUUUUGGACUUCCGUUAGCUGCGCCUUUGUAAUAGUCACCUUUGUAAUAGAAUUUUGGAUUAAUAAAUUUGUUGUAUUUUAAUUUUGGAUUUAGUUUUAAUAUUCCGAAAAGUCGGGAUGUUUCAGAUAUUAAGGAGCAAGAUACUCGAGACAAGUUAAUUUGUUUCAGUCUAAAAAACAUGUUCCUUAAUAUGUUCAUCUAAUUUCCGGACUUUCUAAGUCACAUCCAUAUUAUUCAAUUUAAUUCAGACCGGUGUUUUUUUAUGUUGACCAUUUCAGUUAGUUUGACAUAAUAUCAUUGUGCAUGAUUGCAUCCUAGCCUCAACCCCUGCUAUAUAUCUAGAGUGUACAAGACCACAGCAACUCCCAUUUCGAUCAGCAUAUUCAAGUAGUUCGUUAUUUAUAUUUUUAAGAAGUUUCUCAGCACGCUAGCCACAACUUAAACGAUGAAGCAGAAGGUGGUGAUCAAAGUGGCAAUGUGCAGCCCCCAGAAAUCUCGUGUUAAGGCCAUGAAGAUUGCAGCUACUAGUUACGGGGUAGAAGCAGUGGCAUUGAAGGGGGACGACAAGGAUCAAAUAGAGGUGAUCGGAGAGGGAAUCGACACGAUUGAGCUCGCGAAAUCACUGAGAAAAUACGUCGGACGUGCAGACGUGGUGAGCGUCGGUCCGUUUAAAGAAGAAAACAAGAAAGAAACGGAGGAAGAGAAGAAGGAUGUGGUGGUUCCUAUAGGUUAUUAUGGAUAUACUUGCCCUCCCUACAAUUAUGCUCCGCUGCCCUGCUACUAUGAUGAGCCUUCUUGCUCCAUUAUGUAAUCACUUUGUAAACACGAUCAUCAGCCGAUUGUGAUCCAUGCAUGGAUCAUCGCAUUUGAAUAUUUAUUUUUCAGUCUCUUAAUUUGUACAUUUGAAACCAUUGCAAAGGCAGUGCCUGAUAUUUCUGCGACACCUCUUAAUUCAUAAAAGCUCAU